CGCACCGCGCCGCCGGCCCCAUGGCGAAGGAGAGGAGCAGGAAGGCGCUGGUGGAGCUGCUCCAGCGGCCGGGAAACACCGUGUGUGCCGACUGCGCCGCCCCGGACCCGGACUGGGCAUCCUACAGCUUAGGGAUCUUCAUCUGCUUAAAUUGUUCAGGAAUCCAUCGCAAUAUUCCCCAAGUCAGCAAAGUGAAGUCGGUCCGCCUGGAUGACUGGGAUGAUGCUCAAGUGGAGUUUAUGGCUGCGAAUGGGAACAAUGUAGCAAAGGCAAAAUAUGAAUCUAAAAUGCCACCGUUUUAUUAUAAACCAACGUUUCUUGACUGUCAACUGCUGCGGGAACAAUGGAUCAGAGCCAAAUACGAAAGGAAAGAGUUCAUUCACAGUGAGAAGCAGGAGCCUUAUUCUGCAGGCUACCGAGAAGGGUUUCUGUGGAAGAGAGGACGUGACAAUGGGCAAUUCUUAAGCCGAAAAUUCGUGUUAUCGGAGAGGGAAGGUGCACUGAAGUACUUCAACAAAAAUGACGCGAAGGAACCCAAAGCAAUUAUGAAGAUUGAACAUCUAAAUGCAACUUUCCAGCCUGCAAAAAUCGGGAACCCACACGGACUGCAGAUCACUUACUUGAAGGACAAUAGCACAAGGAACAUCUUUGUCUAUCAUGAAGACGGCAAGGAAAUAGUGGACUGGUUCAAUGCCAUCCGCGCAGCACGGUUCCAUUACUUACAAGUGGCAUUCCCUGGAGCCAGUGACGUUGAUCUGGUGCCAAAGCUUUCUAGAAACUACCUGAAGGAAGGAUACAUGGAGAAAACGGGGCCAAAGCAAACAGAGGGAUUCAAGAAGCGAUGGUUCACCAUGGAUGACCGACGGCUCAUGUAUUUCAAAGAUCCCCUGGAUGCCUUUGCUAGAGGGGAAGUUUUUAUUGGGAGCAAGGAAAACAGCUACAAGGUCCUGGAAGGGCUCCCACCAUCCACGCAGGGAAACCACUGGCAGCACGGGAUAACCAUUGUCACCCCGGAUCGGAAGUUCCUCUUUGCCUGCGAGACAGAGGAUGACCAGCUGGAGUGGAUUACGACUUUCCAGAAAGUUAUAAGCCGGCCGAUGCUGCCUCAGGAAUAUGCAGUGGAAGCCCAUUUCAAACAUAAACCUUAGCUGGGACUGGCUAGGCAGACCUGAGGAGUGAGCUUCUGUUUACAACACAACGUGGUUUUAUUUGAAAUGUUAAAAAUAAUGAAUAAUAAUAACAGUAAUAAUAAUAAUACUACUUCCCUUUCCCCUCAUCAUUCACUUGAUCAUGUUGGAAACCAAGAAGGGUGGCAGUGAAAUGUCGGAUGCUGAUCCAACCCAAAAUUCAUCUCGGUGGCCGCUCCACGGGAUGUGCUGCUGGGACAAGAAGUGCUGUGACCCCAGCAUCCUCCACCUGCUGAAAGGGGUGUCCCACCAGCUUCAGUGGGACAGCAAAGACUGUUGGUGGCACACCUGGGGGCAUAUGGGUCUUUUCCCUUUGAGCUGGUUCCUGGGGGCUGGAGCUGAGCAUCUCCACAGCCCCAGCUCUCACCAGCCUCCUUUGUAGGGGAGGAGCAGGGGCAUCCUCAUGGGAUGUGAAGCAGCAACCUGGAAACACCCAGUGUGUGGCAAUGUGCAACAUGGCUGAGCCUCCUGAUGGCAUGAGGGUAAAUGAUAAGUAAAUUACCUCACCUGGGGAGUGGUGGUGAUGCUGGACCCAGGCUUAGGGUCAAACAGGAUUUAGAAAUAGAAGAAAUUGGCAUCAUUGGCCUUGUUACCUGCUUAAUGAAGGAGGAGUGGUGCCCAGUGUGGAACAGAGCAGUGCUGUCCCCAGCCAUGCAAGGGGGACACCAAGCCACAAGAUGAUGCCAGGGAAGAAAAGCUUUUUGGAUUAGGGCCCAUGCUCUGCUCCCCAUUCCAUGGUUGGGGGGGUUCACACCAUUCCAAGAGCCCAGUGGGGAGUGCGAGGUGCUGAG